AUGAAGUCAUCACCGGUAGUGAAUCCUAGUCUGCACCGGAGGAUAGACCACAACUCUACAACCCAGUGUAUACAUAUCACCGGCCAGCUACCAUUUUGGGUCGCGCAGCCCAAACGCGUUUCUCCACCCUCUCAAGUCGCGUCGCGUCGCAUCCUGCAAAACUCCAUGCAGAGCGGGAUGGAUGAGUCUGAUUCAACAGUACCCACCGUCAACUUGCUGGAUCUCAACGAUCAUUGGAAGGAAGCUCUUACUAGACCUGCUGGAUGGCGCCCAGAACCUUUUGUCUGUGGAAGAAAACUUUGGCUUCAGGCCUCGUAUUACAUGAACAUCCUGCGCCACCGAUUUUUCUUGGAGGUAAUAGAGAAAUUCUACCCUGAAGGUGUCAGGCUGCCUGUGACGACCCUUCCUGCACCAACAAAAAUGACCCGGCAAUGGGUUUCGAGUAUCCUGGUCAGCUGGGGGUACCAGGUAUAUCAUCUGAACGGGAUGAGACCGGCCUCAGAAGUUAUGCUAGAGAAACUCCUCCAGGACCACCCAAAUGUGUCUGGGAGCUACGAUUGGGAGGGUUGGCUGAAGACGGCGAACCCCAUCAUGAAAGGCUUAUACGGGAACAUGCCUGACCCCAUAAAACACCCUCUGGAUUGGCAAUGCGUAUUGCUAGAGUCCGACCUCAGCGGGAAUCCACCAGCACCUAUGGUGGAAUCCAACCCGGCCAGCUGGCAAUUAUGUUUGGAGACCGUGAUUAAAGAGCUGGAUAAGCAUCAGCCUGGUAGUUCCCCUGAGGUGCCCAUGGAGGUGGAUCCCCUGACCGUCCAACCAAGCUCAUUCAAGCGUCCACAUCCAAGUCCUCCCAAAACAAAAGACGUCAACUUCCCAAGGUUUCAUCUGGGCGUCAUACAUCUGAGAGGACAGCCCCUCCUAGCUAUGCAGCCAGGGCAGCCAAUAGCUUCAGGAUCUUCGUCUGGGAACGUCAGUGAGCCCAACGUCCCCCCAGCUCCUUCCUCAAAUAGUGAGGGACUUUCAUUCAGUGAAUAUAACUCUUGGGGAGUCUGGUUAACCCCAGUAGCGGCCUUGACUGAAAGUGAGCUGCGGGAGCCAAUUGAAGAAGAGGUUGAGAUGCAGGAACCAAUUGAAGAAGGGGUUGAGAUGCGGGAACAAAUUGAAGAAGGGGUUGAGCUGCGGGAACAAAUUGAAGAAGGGGUUGAACGGGGGGAACCAACUGAAAGAUGGUUUGAGCUUUGGGAGAUCUUUAGGAAGCAGAGCUACUCCCAACAACACGAUCAACAACUGUUAGGCCAAAUAUGUGACUUGCAGUUGCAACCAUCCUUUGUCUACCUGGGUCGGUACAUACUUACCACAUGGUCACUAAUUUUGAAUACCAGUCAUAUGCUAAGACAGGCCGCGUUCAUACUCUGGUUCAUCACGUGA